UAGCUGUAAAUGGUGUCCUGAAGAAUCAGAAACCGCAAAUAAAGCACCUGACAUGUUGAAGUUUGAACUCUCUCUCUCUCAAACGAAGUAUACUAUAUGUUAAUUCUUUAUUUUAAUCCGUGAUCAUAUAUAAUGCUAAAAUGCAACAGUAAGGAGCAUACGACGGGCUGAGCACCCGAGCUCCACCGACCUUGUUCGUAGUCGCAGAACAGUUUGGGCAUAUUUCUAGAGUGUUAUCAGGCAUGGACCUGCCUACAAGUGAUGUGGAUCCUGGGCUUGAGAAGAUUGAAGUUGAGAAAAAGAAAAGUCCCUUGUUCCAUUGUGAUCUUUUUGAUACAGAAGUAGUUUACAAGUUGGCUCAAAUGUUACUUCCAGGAUUAGCCACUGCCUGUGUUGAUAACACAUCAGGAGAUCUCUUCAAGACUCCUGGUUCAGUGGCUGUUGAUUUGAGAAAAGAAAUGAUAGAUUAUCUUACCCAAAGAAGUGAAUCGUUUGUUGCCGAGUCUGUCAUCGUAGAAGGUGAACUACGGGAUCAUCCGUUUGAUAUCAUUUCAUGUUUUGUUGAUGACUUUGCAAGUUCAAAAAGAAACUUGUUUAGUCGGGUUUCAGGAUGGCUGCUGAGUGAAUCAAGAGAAGACAAAAUAGAUGAUUUUUUACAAGAUAUGGAAAUGGAUGGGUUUUGGUUGCUAGAAAGGAGAAAAACACUUGCACAAACUUUGCUUAAAAAUGUUGACUUGAAGAACUUAAUCAAGUGCGGCAUGAAAUUUAAUUAUGCACAAGAGCUUGCCAAUCACGUUCAACAUUGCAGCUUUAGAUCUACGAUCUGCCAAAAUCAGGGAUGUGAUGCCAGGUUGUGUGCAAGUCAUUUGGAGAAGCAUGAUUCAACUUGUCCUUUCAAGAUAAUUCCAUGUGAGCAGAUUUGUUCAGGCAGCGUUAUGAGACGUGAAAUGGAUAGACACUGCAUAACUGUUUGCCCAAUGAAGCUUGUAAGCUGUCCUUUCUAUGCAGUGGGUUGUCCGUCUGCGAUUGCGCAAAGCAGGAUUAAUGAACAUUGUUCUGACAAUCUUCAUAGCCACUUGUUGUACUGUCUUCAAGGCAUCCACAGAGAAGCAUCUGAAGAAGAUCUCAAACAACGAAUGGAGCAAAUUCUCCAGGUUAGUUUGCAGGCAUCAUCAAACAGCCAGUUAGCUGAGGCUCAAGGUGUGAGAUCUUUACAGUUGAUUGUAAGAGAUAUCGAAUCAAAACUGGGGGCCUUAGAAGUCGGUGCCAAGAAGAAAAAGAGUGCAGUCAAUAUUGCCGUGAAAUAAAAUAAUGAAAAUAUUAAUAUCAUAACAAGAGGCAAUGAGCAGCGCUCACAGACUUCAAAUGAGGUAAAUUCAUCAGCUAAAGUUGAAGUCAGUGUCAUCAUGAAAAAGAGCUGUGCAGAGAAUAAUCCCAAGAAUGUAGACAGUGAAUGUAGUCGCAAUAAAACCAAGGGCGGUAACCAAAAUACAGACUUCAGAGAUGGCAAUUUUAUCAGUUGAAGCUGAACUUAGUUCUUUGAACAAGGAGAAUGAAGAGAUUUAUAACAAAAAUGAAGUGAUCACAGAUAUUAACACAUCAAGUCGAUUGGAUAAAGUGGAAUGCUGAGAUUAACAUUAAAGACAAUUGUGUUGAAGAUGAUCAUUUUGAGGUUAAGGAUAAUGAAGAUACCAUACAGACUUCAAAAUAAGUGUAGCGCAGUGCCGUAUGGGAUGAGUAACGAACAAAACUAUAUGAAUUGAUAACUUAAAAGGGUUCAGACUUCAAAGGUGGAACAUUUAUCAGAUAGAAUGCACUCAAAGCUACAUAAAAAAUGAUGGUGCAGAGAAUGGACAUGCAGCAAACACAUUAAAGUUGUCUGACAAAAGUGAAGGCUGACUUCAAAUUUAUAUGGAAUCUUUACAUGUUCGAGAGUUUUUGUUAUUAUUUUUUAUUUUGCUAGUGAAUGACCACACAUGCCAUUUCACAAUAGGAAAAAAAAAAAAAAAUCGAGAGAGAGAGAACUGUGGUUACUUCUUGCGAUGUCGCAACUUCUUGGCUGCUAUGGGUAGAGCGUGGUUCCUUUCCUAUUGUUGAUGAAUUAUAACAUACUUCUGCAUGCAAGUAUCGUCUGAAGGUGUUCGGUCGUAAAAGGGACAUGCAAGAUGUUCUCAAGAAAAUCCGUUCUUCAAGCAUGUUGGCUGAGGACUUUUUUUAAAAAAAAUAUAUAUAUAUAAUUUUAAGUCCUUAUACUUAGUUUGCAUUUUAUUAUCGAUCUCUAUAUUUUUUUUCUUUUUUCUUUUUGGUGUUUUUAGUCCUGUACUUUUGUUUUUCAUAGUACAAGGACCUAAAAUUCUGUUUUUCCUUUUCUUGCUUUAAAUGUACAAGCUAAGUUGCUAAAUGAAGACUGCACAGAAACAAAACCAGAAAAAAAAACAUCAAGCAAACCGAAAAGCUAUCAACCCCUCUCAAAUGCGGUCCACACCUCUCUGCUAAACACAAUAGCCUAAGCCUCUGCACCGGUUGGUUCAUCAAUACAUGAAAUGCCACUAGUAGCUCCGGGCUAUCAGUGAUGCUUAAAUUGUGAAUCUAUCAUUCUGCCAAGUGCCAAUGAAUUAUGUUAUGUCGUCA